AUGAGAAACCAUACAGCAGUAACAACAUUCGUCCUCCUGGGACUAACAGAAGAUCCUCAGCUGCAGAUUUUCCUUUUUAUUUUUCUACUUGCUACUUACAUUUUGAGUGUAACUGGAAACCUAAUCAUCAUUACUCUUACAUUGAUGGAUCAUCACCUUAAAACACCAAUGUAUUUCUUCCUCCAAAAUUUCUCUUUCCUGGAAAUCUCAUUUACAACUGCCUGUGUACCAAGAUUCCUAUACAGUAUAUCAACUGGAGACCAAAUAAUUACCUAUAAUGCAUGUGUUGUUCAACUAUUUUUGGUUGAUCUUUUUGCAGCAACUGAAUUUUUUCUUUUUGCCGCCAUGUCUUAUGAUCGCUAUGUGGCCAUCUGCAAACCUUUGCAUUAUAUGACAAUUAUGAGCAUCAAAGUAUGCAAAACAAUGGUUAUCUGCUGUUGGAUGGCAGCAUUUAUCAUUAUUCUCCCACCAUUUAGCUUAAUUUUGAAUCUGGAAUUCUGUGACUCUAAUGUCAUUGAUCAUUUUGGCUGUGAUGCAUCUCCUAUCUUGAAAAUCUCAUGUUCGGACACAUGGUUAAUUGAGCAGAUGGUUAUAGCCAGUGCUGUAUUGAUCUUUAUCAUCACUCUUGUGUGUAUAGUUCUGUCCUACAUCUAUAUCAUGCAGACAAUUCUCAAAUUCCCUUCUGUUCAACAAAGGAAAAAGGCCUUUUCCACCUGUUCUUCCCACAUGAUAGUAGUUUCCAUCACCUAUGGCAGCUGCAUCUUCAUCUAUCUCAAACCUUCUGCAAAAGAAGAUGUGGAGAUUAAUAAAGGUGUGUCAGUACUGAUUUCAUCUAUAUCACCUGUGUUGAAUCCUUUUAUAUAUACUUUGAGGAAUAAGCAAGUUAAACAAGCAUUUACUGAUUCACUUAAAAAAAAAUUGCAUUCCUCUCAAAUAAAUAAAGUACACCUAAGUAAAUAA